AUGAAACAUGUGCAACACGUGCAACUCCUCCUGUUGUGCAUUCUUACGCUUCUACUUAGCGAGAACAGAAGUGGCGUUAAUAACGUGGGGGUGAAGAAGCGCAGAUCCGACUUUGCCCCACAGUGGGGGACAAGUGCAGACGAAAAAAGAAGAGCCAAGUGCAGGUGGUUAGGGAAAAGAACGCUGUUUCUGUACCUGCCCAAUCGGAACCCGUGGAAACAAAACGUAGGAAACCCGCCUGAAUGGGAAGACAGAUUAAGGGGAAGAGACAUUCACAAAUGUAGCAAAAGGAAACAACUUUUUUUCGAAAGGAAUGGAAUAAACGUCCCACAAGAUGUUGCCAUGUUUGGGAAGAUGAAUAUAUACUAUGUGAGGGAGAGCGUGUACGAUCGGGGAAAAAAUAAUUUAGUACCAAAUGAGGUGCACUCUGAGAAUAUCGAGGAGUUAGAGGAGGAGGAUAUCAUGGGGGGGCGAAAUGACAACAACGCCGUUGAGGGGGGCGCCUUACAAAGGGGCGAUGAUGCCUCCUCGGUGGACGUCAAAAAUGCAAUGGACGCACAUGGAGGCAAAACGGGAGAGGGCAAAACGGGGCCCCCUGCGGAGGGGGAAAAGGUCUUCAAAUACAUCAAUCAGGACCGAGACUACAUCGCACAAGUAGGAAACUCCCCCAAGGUUGACGUAUACGAACGGAGGUACCGGGCAGACGAGCAGAAGCUGCAGCGCAUGUUCGAAAACAUCAAUGAAGUGAACAUACAGCUGCUGAAGGAUGUGAAGAGCAUAGACGAGAAGGAAAAACUCAUAAACAAAAGGGUCAUAGAAAAAGUGAGGGAAGACAUUAAAAGGUACCAGGAGAAGGACGAAAUUAUGGACAUCCAUGGGAAUGUUGUCCACCCGUCGGAGACUUCCCCCACCAGCAGUGGCGGUAAAGGAAAAGGGAAGGAUGAUGCGAAACAGAAAAAUGACCCCCUUGCAGAUAUGGACGAAGAGGAAAAAAACGAAGUCAUCAAAAAAUUCUACAUGGUUGAAAAAAAGACGGAUAAAUAUUUAGAAGAAAAUGUCUACUUAGUAAUGCAGACGUGGCUUCCUGACUUGCGAAUUGAUGACACUCUCAUCGUCAUCGACAACGUAGAAAAAUUUUACAACGACUUUGACAUAAAGAAAUAUCAUGAAAAAUUCAACGAAGCAAAGGAAAAAAAUUUUGCACACGAUUUGAAUUCUCACAUAAUUGAAAAUGUCCCAAGUGACAUCAAUGAAGAUCCCGAAGUGGAAUGUGAAAAUGUAAAUUCAUACAACAGUACAUACAACAAAUUAAACAAUUAUAAUUUGAAGAGGUAUACAUACACAUACACGACGAACGAUAAUAUGGACACAAAAUUUACGAAGAAUGAGCCCAUGCCUCCUGUUGUCAUAAUUAACACAAGAAAGAAUUUCCUCGUCCAAGAAUGGGAAUGCAAAAAUUUCAAGAAUAGACAGAAAAGAAACAAAGCUCAAGAAUAUACGAGGAUCCAGAGGGCAUUUCGACCCUUUUCCUACGUCGACCUCAGUGACAUAACAUGCAUUUAUAAAAAUAAUUUUCUCCAGUUGAAAAUGAAAAUGUGCCAUCGGAAGUAUAAGGAUGAUGUGUACCCCUUUUUUGUUCCCAUUAAUAAAACCCCAGAUGAACUCCUUGAUUUCCAGGGGUAUAAAAAAAAUGGCGAUUACGCUUGGUCCUUUUUUUGGCACCAUUUUAAAUAUGACCAGGACACGGACUAUGGCUUCCUGAACAGAAAUGUAAAAUUAAACAUAACCGAAACGAAAUUUGAAAACGUGAACAAGAAGAAGUCCAAAAAGAUUAUGCGCAAAAUUUUGAAGGAAACCAAGGGGGUAUGA